AUGGCUUUACAUAGUUCCGGAGACUCAGAAGAUAUAACACGAGCUGAGUAUCAUGCCAUGCAUGAUCCUACUGUAUUUCAGAUUAACCAUAGAUUCAAGAUUAAAUUAUCCCAAUUGAAGUAUUUUACAUUCACAAUAAUAGGCAUUGCAUUAUUAUGGCCAUGGAACUGUUUUUUGUCUGCAUCAGCGUUUUAUUCUGAACGGUUUGAACAUUCACCACAGUUGGUAAAAAUAUACUCGUCAACGAUGAUGUCCGUAUCGACAAUAACUUCGGCACUAUAUAAUUAUUACUUGUCUCAAGUACAGGUUGGAGUAAAUUAUAAACAUAGGGUUAAUGUGGGGUUCUCUAUGACUAUUGGAGUUUUCAUCAUUAUGGCCUUCUCCUGUGUUUUGAAUUUCUUCAUUUCGUUGGACGACUACGUCUUUUUCACAGGUUUGAUGAUUAUGGUGUUUAUAUCUGCAGCUGCAACGUGCUUAGCCCAAAAUGGUACUAUGGCUAUCGUUAACGUCAUGGGAGAUAUAUAUGCCAAUGGUGUAAUGGUUGGACAAGCCAUUGCUGGUGUAUUGCCGUCAAUUGCAUUAAUUGUAUCAAUAUUAAUUGUUGGGAACAAAAAAUCAGAUGCAGAUAAAAAAAAUCAAUACGUUGAUAAAAAUUAUGGAGUUUUUAUUUAUUAUAUCACGGCCAGUUUGAUAUCUGUCCUUUCGAUAUCAUUAUUAUAUCUUACGAAUCACCACAAGGUAGAAAAUACUUACAAAACAUUAAAUCACAUGGUAGAAGAACAACAGCCCUUGACUAGCUCUGACGAAGAUGAAGAGGAAGAUCCAGAGAUAUCCCAGAAGACAUACGUUCCAUUUGUGGUUUUAUGGUCGAAAUUGAAGUUCAUUGUUCUGACCAUUUUUUUAACAUUUGGCAUAACCUUAAUAUUCCCGGUUUUUGCUUCCACGGUUGGAUCAGUGCAAACGGAAUCGGACCAUAUCUUAUUACAAAGGAAAAUAUUUAUUCCAUUUGUUUAUUUAGUAUGGAACUUGGGUGAUUUGCUAGGGCGUGUGUGCUGUGGAAGGCCAAGGUUAGGAGUUCUCAUCAAAAACCCUAAGGUUUUAUUGAUAUAUUCAAUAGCCAGAAUAGUGUUCAUUCCGUUGUUCCUAACGUGUAAUGUUUACUCUACAUCUACUGCCAAAUCAAGCGCCAUAAUUAAUUCCGAUACGUGGUAUUUAUUGCUACAAUUUUUAUUUGGUUUGUCAAAUGGCCAGCUUUGUACAUCAUGUUUCAUGAUAGUAGGUAACAAUUGUGACACCGAUGACGAAAAGGAAGCUGCCGGUGGUUUCACCGCAGUUUUUUUAAGUGUAGGAUUAGCAUUUGGUAGUGUUUUUAGUUACUUAUUAGUCUUAAUGAUCAAUAGAUAG